AGGAGGAGCAUCAGGCAGAAGCAGAGGGAGAAGUAGGCUUCCUGCUGAGCCUGGAACCCAAACUGGGGCUCGAUUCUAGGACCCCGGGAUCAUGCCCCGGGGAAGGCAGAUGCCCAACCACCUGAGUCACCCAGGAGCACCUGAAAACAGCUUUCUAUUGCAGCAUCUGCUCAAUUGGCAUGGAGACCGGCUGGGGCCCAGAGGGAUAUGGAAGAGGAAUAAACUGAGGGAGAGCUUUUUUUAGGGAAGUUUUCUGGGGGACAAGGCAUUCAGCAUCCUGAAGUUUCAUGCACUCUAGCCCCAGUAGGAUACGAAGAGUGCUUUUCCACACCGGCGAGUCUAACUUCUGCAGAUGUUCGGGAAAGCUCAGCCAACUCCCGCCAACGUUUGAAGGGGAACCCACCCCGGCUCACAAGCAAACGCUGAGAUUCGAGAGACUGGGACCUCGCACAUGCGCUUUGGGCACCCUUGGCCGCCGGCCCUUUGUGCGCAGGCGCAGCGACGCGGCUUUGUGAGGUGCCGGAGCGCACUUGUGUUUGGCUUCGUUGCUUGGUUACGGUUGGCAAACCGCGGAGUUUCGCUAGUGUGAUGUAGUGGCGAGGCGGGUUUGGCUUAUCUCUGGCGCUAGUGUUGGGCUCUAGAGGUGGUGAAAAGCCGAGGGGAAGGUGAAGUGUUUGUGAAGCCUCCAGGCUUUGCGAUGGAGAAGUUUUUUAGCUUCCAGGAUAAGAAGGGCGGGUCGUCCCUUCCAGUCACCAGCUCGCUGAGGGACGGCUCGGGCAUCCCGUGUGGGAAGAGAAUUGGAACCAGCAGCUCCGGGUGGGGGUACAACAUCCGAGACAAAGAUCUCAAAAAGAUCCACAAAGUUGCCAUCAUGGGCAACGUAAGGAAACUGCAGAAGGUUCUCAUUUUCGGGAAACACGGCGUGAACGAAAGAGACAAGAUGAACAGGACUGCUCUCCAUUUGGCCUGUGCCAGUGGCCAUCCAGAUGUCGUUGCUCUCCUAGUGGAGAGGAAAUGCCAGCUUAACUUCUUUGAUGGAGAUUACAGGACUGCUCUGAUGAAGGCUGUACAAUGCCAGAACGAGAGAUGUGUGACUAUUCUUCUAGAACAUGGUGCUGAUCCAAAUCUUGUGGACAUUGCUGGCAAUACUGCUCUCCACUAUGCCACCGUUGGUUCAAAUACAUCAAUAGCAGAGAAGCUGCUUUUACACCAUGCAAAUAUUGAAGCGAGAAACAAGGAUGAAUUCACACCAUUUUUACUCGCUGUAAGUAAGAACAAACAGCAAAUGGUGGAAUUUUUAAUACAAAAAGAAGCAAAUGUACAUGCAGUUGAUAAGUCGCAAAGAACAGCCCUCAUGCUUGCUGUACAUCAUGAUUCUGCAGAUCUAGUCAGGGUUCUUCUUCAGCAAGGUAUUGAUAUCUCUUCUGAAGAUGCGAAUGGAUGGACUGCAGAAGAAUAUUCUAUUUUUAGUGGUCUUAAAGUCAGUCGCCAACUAAUUGCUGAACAUAGAGAAGAAAAACUUAACAAUUAUUUGCAAAAUAAGAAUCCAGUGGCGGAUAAGAUUUCUGAAGAGGAGUCUUUAAGCAGUAUUUCCAUUAAACCUGGUACUGAUGAUUCAUGGCUUACAUCAGAUGCUGAAGACUUAAAUUUUGGUAUCCAGAGUAUUUCUGAGAGUCUUCCAAAGAAAGACGUUAAACGUUUAUCUGGAGCUGCGGAUCAGAAGGGACCACGUAUAUUAAAUGAAGAAGUAGAAGAUUUGCCAGGAGAACGAGACUUAGAAAGGACAUCAGAGGAAGAGCAAAAAAGACUUGAUGAAAGGGACAAUAAGCACUUACAGGAUAAAGUUAUUUUACAAACAUGUAUCCUGGCAGAAAAGACAUCUGAAAAUCAAACCAAGCAAAUUAAUGUUCCACUUUUGCAUCUGCAAAAAAAGUCUCGAGAACCAGAGAUGAAUAAGAACUGUGAUAGAGAGGCUCGUGUAGCUGUAUAUUCAGAACAUCCUCCUGUGCAAAAGCAUGAGGAACUCUGGAUCAAACAAGGCAAAUUAGAGUGGAAAAACAAUUUAAAACUCAUCACCAGUGAGUUAAAGCGGAAGUUUGGUAAAACUUGUCAAAGACACAAAAUUCCUCCUUAUCCUAAGGAAGAGUCACUACAUGGUAACUUUAAAGAAGGAGCAAACGUAAUGGAAAUACCUUCUAACUUGACAAAUGACAGACUCGAUUGUGAGAAAAGGGAUACAUUUGCAGUGCCUGUCCCUCUAGUAUUUCAGGCAUCUGCUGAACAAAAAACGUCUAGUCUCAAAUAUGCUUGGCAGUCAUCUUCUGAUUUUACUUUAAGUGAAAAUAAAUCGGACUGUGAAAAUGGUCACAAACCAGACACUGAGCAUGUUUUUAACAAAAAUAAGAGUUUUAAAAGUGAUACAGAAAAUAAAAAAGUAAGGAACCCACUCGCUAUGUUUGAAGUGAAAGAAGACCAAGAGCUUGACAUGCCAAUGGCAAAAAGUAUGAACCAAAGUAGCACUAAUUCUAAAUUAGAGAUGGGACAUAUACCUCAGUCUAGUCAUUCGGAAAGCCUUUGUGACAAAAGGUUUUCCAGCUCCAAUGAGGUGAGACAGAUGGCUCAAAUAAAAAGGCACAAUAGUUCUGCUGUUACAGACACUUACAAGAAGACAAAAGACUUGUUCCGGAAGCCAUUCUGUGCAGAUAAUGACAGUACUAAUAACUAUAGAAGUAUGGAACCCGAAGUAGAAAAUGAGAGUUCUUCUCCACCAUGUAGUUACGGAACAUCAGAAGUAUAUCUAAAAGAAGAAAUACAGCAAGAUGUUCAAAAGGUUAAGAACGAGAUAGGCAUGUUACAGAUAGACUUCCUGGAUUUGGAAAAAGAGAAAGUUCAACUUCAAAAAGAGAUUAAUGAAAAGAAGAGACAGCAAAGUAAUGGGAUGGCAGUAUUCGAAAACGUGUGUGUUGUCGCUGCUGCUGCUGCUGGACUAAUUCCACAAAGAGAGAGUGGAAAAACUGAAAACCACCUCUUUCCUUUUGGGAAAAAGGAAGAUUCUGAUGGUGAUCCUGGUUUGCAUAUGAAGGAAGUAAGGAAAGAUGAAAAUGAAAAAUGGACAUCAAAAGUAUCUGUGAUUACGCCAGGGCUUGAGAAGGCCGAUUCCCUAACUUCGUGUCCACUACAAGUGAAUGAUGAGAGCACUUCAGGUGAAAUGGAUCAGGAUGAAGGAAGACCUGCAAAGAAAACAUCUCAUGAAAAGAAAGAGGUCAAAAAGCAAAUGAAUUUUAUGGAUGACCUUGACUUAACUGAGUCAUCUGGAACAGCUUCAGAGGGUUCCAAGUUGCCUUGCUCUAAUUAUAUGAGUUGCGUGUCGCUACCUGCACAAGUUGGCAAGGAUUGUAAAGAUUCUGCUACUUUACUAAAAAUCCAGGAUGUGAUUCUUUCGUAUAAAAGAUUAGUAGAACAACUUAAAAGAAAAAAUAAAAAAAUGGAAAAUAAGGUUAAUGGACUACAAAAGGAGCUAUCAGAAACAAAAGAAUUGAAAUCGCAGUUGGAGCAUCAAAAAGUGAAGUGGGAACAAGAACUUGGCCGUUUGAGAUUUACCUUAAAACGUGAAAAAGAAAAAAGAAGAAAUGCUGAUAUAUUAUAUGAAAAAAUGAGGGAGCAAUUCAGAGAAAAAGAAGAGCAGUAUAAUAAAGAAAUCGAAAUGAAACAACAACUUGAACUUUCUCUUGGAACACUAGAUGUGGAAUUGAGGACUGUAAGAAAUAAUUUGGAUCAGGUUGUAGAAGAGCGAAAUGAUGCUAAGUUACAACUUUCUCAAGAACAGAAUGCCAGAGUAUUACAAGAUGGAAUCCUAAAGAAUCACCUUUGCAAACAAACAGAGAUGGAAGUGGCUAAUAACAGAAUGAAUUCUGGGAUUUCUAAUAGUCAUGAAAAAGAAGAAGAUCUGUUGCCUAAAACCCACAUGUGGCAGGAUGAAAUUGCCAUGCUAAGACUGGAUCGAGACACAAUAAACAAUAAGAACCAGGACAUGGAAAAGAAAUAUUGUGAAGGCAUUGAAAUUAUAAAAGAAAAGAAUGUCAGUCUUCAAGAGAUCAUAAAACUGAAGGUGGAAACAUUAACAAAAACAAUAUUAGAAUAUAGUGGACAGAUUAAUGCUCUGACCACUGAGAAUACAAUGCUAAAGUCUAAACUGGAGAAUGAAAAGCAAAACAAAGACAGACUGGACAGAAAAGUUGAAUCUUACCGAGCUAGACUUGCUACUGCUAUAGAGGAUUAUGAUCAAAGUCAGGCAUCAAAAAGAGACCUAGAACUUGCUUUCCAGAGAGCAGAAGAUGAAUGGUUUCGUCUGCAGGACAAACUGAAGUUUGAUGUGUCUAACCUAAAAGAAAACAAUGAGCUUCUUUCUCAAAACCUUUCUAAAGCUGAAAGUAAAUUCAAUACUCUAGAAAUUGAGCUCCAUCACACAAGAGAUGCUCUCAGGGAAAAGACUUUGGUUUUAGAAUGUGUACAAAGAGACCUAAGUCAAACACAGUGUCAGAAGAAGGAAAUGGAACACAUGUAUCAAAAUGAACGGUUCUUAGAGGAGAGAUUAUCUCAACUACAAAGUGAAAAUGUGUUGCUUCAACAGCAACUAGAUGAUGCUCACAACAAAGCUGCCAGUAAAGAAAAUGUCGUAAUUAAUAUCCAAGACCAGUUUCAGGAUAUCAUAAAAAAACUUCAAGCUGAAAGUGAAAAACAAGAUCUUUCUCUGGAAGAAAGAAAAAAAGAGUUAAUCAAUGAAUGUAAUCUUUUAAAAGAAAGAAUGUAUCAGUAUGAAAAGGAGAAAGUAGAAAGAGAAUUGCAAGAAGCACAAGAUCGACAUGCAGAGGCUGUAAGAUGUAUUGAAACGUUGAAAGAUCACGUGCAAAAGCUUGAAGUUGAAAAUGACAAGUUAAAAGUUACAGUCAAAAAACAAGCGGGCAAAAUUGAAGAACUUCAGGAAAACCUGUUAAGUACAAGUUCGGUUGAUGAUCUUACAGCAAAACUGGAAAGUGCAUCUUCAAAAUGUCUAUACCUGGAUGCAAAAAACCAGCUUCUUACCCAGGAGUUAUCAUCUAUGAAGGAAAUGCAGAAGAAAUAUGAAAAACUAGAGAAGAAUAAAAAGAAGUUGAAACAACAAGUAGUACACCUCAGAAGUCAUUUAGAACUCAGUAUGGUAGAAUACAGUAAAAUAGAACAAUAUAAAUGGGAGCUUGAAGAAAGAAUAAGAUUGGACAUACAAUUAAAAGAAGCCAGUCUGUUUUUACAGACACAAGUAGCAUCUCAAGAAAGGUUAGGACAGUUAAGAGAAACUAAUAAUGCUUCAAUAAGAAGUCAAAUGGAACUCCGAAUUAAAGAAUUGGAAUUUGAACUAUCCAGAAUGAAAAGUUCUCGAGAUUUUUAUAAAACAGAAUUGGAAAAACACAAGCAACUCUACGUAGAAGAAUUAAAAGUUCAAACGUCAUUGACAAAUGAACUGAGCAAGACUAAUGAGAAGCUGGCAGAGAGCAGUACCAGACUUCUGGUGGAGAAACAGCAAAAACAGUCUUUGAUUAAUACUAUUACUAUGAGGCCUGUCCUAGACUUGCCUUCUGUUAGAAAUAUUAAUAAUAGUUCACUGCUCAAUAGAAAUGUUGCUCCAAGAGAAAACCUAGUGAUUCUUACCCCACGCUCACGGCCUACAAAUAAUGGCAUUGAGACUUUCUUGACCAAGAUGCAGCGGGAGAUGGAAAGGAAUAUAACUAGAGAACUAGAAGAAGCUGCUGCUGAAUUUGAAUCAGACUCAUUGUAUAAGACCUCCUCUUUAGAAUCUACUUGUGAACCACAUGUAAAGUACGAUCCACUAGAGAAAUCGUCAAAAGAAUUUUUACAGAUUUUGAAGAAAAAGUACAUGCUCUGAAAGAUCAAUAAUAAUUCAUUUACUGGAUGUUUGUAUAACAUCUUAAUUGUGUCCUACUAAACGUAUGAUGUGUGAAAAUCUUUAUUAAAGGAAACGGGUUUGGAUCA